GUAAAUAUUAUCAGAUCGGUUAAGGUUAUAAGUAACGAAAAACAAAUAUAUAUUUCUGAUUUUUUAUUAGGAAAUACUUAUUCAUAGGCUGUAAAAGCCUAUUUGAUAUUAAAAAAAAAUUCACGAACGUAAAUCGAAAUAUUCUUGUAUUGGAAUCAUAUGGCUAGAACCAACUUCAGAGGUGUGUCAUGUUUGCAACAAACGCGGUGUUCUUUCUUGUAGUGCGUUCAACAAUUUUUUAAGUUAAUAUUUCAUAAAGGAUGCUCGCGUUAGGACCUAAAAAGGACGGUGGACCCAAUACGAAGUUUUUUGAGUCCCAAGAAAUUCUUACACAACUCGAUGGAGUUAAACAAUGGCUUUUGAAAAACUGCAAAAAGUACGUUCAAACGGAUCCUCCUACUAAUAAAAGCUUAGCUACAUUGAUAGUACAAUUACUGCAAUUUCAAGAAGAUAAUUUAGGAAAGAAUGUUUCAAAACCUCCAAUGACAAGACUUCCUAUGAAAUGUUUCCUAGAUUUUAAACCUGGAGGUGGAUUAUGUCAUAUUCUUGCUACAGCAUAUCGUUUUAAGCAAGAACAAGGAUGGCGUCGAUUUGACUUCCCUGUUGGAAAGUCAGGAUCUCGUAUGGACAGAACAGUGGAAAUGUUAAUGGCAGCUGAACGAGCCUUGGUACAAAAUCGUUGUAUGAUUAUACCAAGUGUAUAUGUUAGACCUGAUGUAGACAAAUCAACUGCUGCGAAAGUAAAAGAAGCAGUUCGUCGACAUCAAGGUAGUAUUGUUGAAAAUGAAGCAGAUGCGACGCACAUAAUUUACCCCCCGGUUGACCCUAUGGAAGAAGAAUAUGCACGGCCCUGCAUGAGACGAGAAAGAUCUGUUCUUCUUCAUUGGUAUUAUUUCCCAGAUAGUUACGAUUCUUGGACUGCAUUGGAUCUUCCCUGGGACUUUCCAGAAGGUACGCUUACAAAUACAAACAUGAAAUCGAUAUACAAAGUAUCGGCAACGUGGGCGUUAGAUUUAGAUCAAUAUAACGAAUGGAUGAACGAAGAAGACUAUGAGAUAGAUGAAAAUGGUCAAAAGAAAAUACAUAAAUACCGACUUUCGGUAGAAGAUUUAAUGGCUCAGCCAUCUCAUCCUCCGCCUUCAGCAAAGAAACCAAAACGGAAACGAUCUCCUAGUCCAUCACCGAAACCGGGAAAACGUAAAAGCGCAAGAGGGCCAUCAGGUGUCCAGAGUACUUCGUCUUCGUCAUCACUUACGGCUCCAAAAAAAUCACGCGGCGGCGGCGAGGAGGAAGAUGAUCUCACUCAAGGAAUGGAAGAUCCACCGGCGGAACCUCGAAUUGUAGAAGUAGUUGCAACUCCUACAAAUCCUCCUGUAACUGGUCAAGGUAACAUUCCAACAAGUGGCACUACUUUGACUACAACAGGCAAUAAAAAACAAGACAACGAGCUUCAGCCGCUCAAAUCUGGUAAUAUGGCAGACUUGGACGAACCUAUGGAAGGAGAUAAGGGAAGUUCUCAAAGUACUCAAGAUAGGGAAGAACGAGACGCAAGCAAAGAAAGAGGAGAAGGAAAUAAAGGAGAUGAACCAGAAGAUAAUGUUACUGAACAAACACAUCAUAUAGUUGUCCCUAGUUAUUCUGCUUGGUUUGAUUAUAAUUCGAUUCAUACUAUAGAAAAGAGAGCUUUAUCUGAGUUUUUUAAUGGUAAAAAUAAAUCUAAAACACCAGAAAUUUAUCUUGCAUACAGAAAUUUUAUGAUUGACACGUACAGAUUAAAUCCUACAGAGUACAUUACAUCGACAGCUUGUAGACGUAACUUAGCAGGCGAUGUUUGUGCAAUUAUGCGUGUGCAUGCGUUUUUGGAACAAUGGGGACUCAUUAACUACCAGGUAGACGCAGAAUCAAGACCGACACCUAUGGGACCACCUCCGACAUCACAUUUCCAUGUAUUAUCAGAUACUCCAUCAGGUUUAGCCCCAGUUAAUCCAAAUCCUCCGAAGACACCACAGCCUUCUGCUGCGAAGACAUUACUCGAUUUAGAAAAAAAGUCAUCCAGCUUGGGAACAGAGGAGAAAGCCUCAGCUGGUGUGAUGGCAAAUUUUGGAUUAAAAAUCGAUCAGUAUUCGAGGAAACCAGCAGUUUUGAAAAACAAACAAGCUGCUGGCGCUACUCGCGAUUGGACAGAACAAGAAACGCUUUUACUAUUAGAAGGACUAGAAUUACACAAAGAUGAUUGGAACAAAGUUUGCGAACAUGUGGGUUCGAGAACGCAGGAUGAAUGUAUCUUACAUUUCUUACGACUUCCAAUAGAAGAUCCAUAUUUAGAAGAAGGUGGACCAGAAGGCUUGGGUCCAUUAGCUUAUCAACCAGUACCAUUUUCUAAAGCUGGCAAUCCAGUUAUGAGUACUGUAGCAUUUUUGGCUUCGGUCGUUGAUCCCAGAGUUGCAGCAAGUGCAGCUAAAGCUGCUAUGGAAGAAUUUGCAGCCAUUAAGGACCAAGUACCAGCAGCUUUAUUAGAUCAACACUUGAGGAAUGUUCAAGCUAGUGCUAACUCUGAUGGUAAGUUUGAUCCAGCUGCAGGACUAGCACAAUCAGGUAUAGCUGGAACAGGUCCACCCGAACCCCCGGACGAUACAACACCACCUUCAAAUACUGGAAACGUUCCAACAACAGUGGCCACGUCUCCACAUUCGGCAACAGCAGCUUCUAUGGAAAUGAAAAAGGAGGAACAAGAAAAAUCUAAAGAAUCUGAAAUCGAGCAAAGUCAAUUAGAUAUAACUAAAAAGGAAGAUGAACUAAAAGAAACCGAAGAAGAUACAAAAUCAACUAUGGAUGCUGAAACUAUGGAGGCAAAAGAAAAGAAAGACAAGGUGGUGCGAGACGCUCAACUCCAGUCUGCAGCUGCAGCAGCGUUAGCGGCAGCUGCCGUUAAAGCAAAACAUUUGGCAGCUGUAGAAGAACGUAAAAUUAAAUCUUUAGUAGCGUUGCUUGUUGAGACACAAAUGAAAAAAUUGGAAAUUAAAUUACGUCAUUUUGAAGAGCUGGAAACUACGAUGGAACGAGAACGCGAAGGUCUCGAAUAUCAACGACAACAACUCAUUACAGAAAGACAACAGUUUCAUUUAGAACAAUUAAAAGCCGCAGAAUUCAGAGCUAGGCAACAAGCGCAUCAGCGUUUAGCCCAAGAACAGCAACAGCAACAACAAAAUCAACACUCUACAUGGCAACCUACUGCACAGCAACAACAGCAACAGCAGCCACCGAGUCCACAACCACCGGCUCAACAACCACCACCGCACACACCUCCGCAACAGGCUUAAUCUUUUUAUGGAUCUAUUGGUGUCUGUUUUGGAUUAAGCGUAUGUAACGAAGACAUUAGAUGGAAAUGAUAAUGUUGAAGAAGCUGUGUCAUAUGCGCUCGUCUAAUCUCUCCAUUUGCACAGCAAUACAACAAAUUCGCAAGAUCCAGGGCAAGUGAACCAACUCGAGAUAGUUGGAAAUCAACUAAAUAGACAUCCUGUAAAGUCAUAGCAUUAAUCGUAAUUUAAGAUUUGACCCACUUAAAUUCUACUAUGUCCGAUUUCUAUUUCCUAGGUUAAUCUAAUCGAAAUUAAAUCAAUAUUGAUAUUCAUGUUCGAAUUAUUUCUGCUUCGUAAACAAAGUAAAAAACUAAGAUAAAUAUUUUUACACUAUACUUAUGCCUGUGCUUUCUUGUUUCUUGUUUUAAUCAAUUUUAGUAAGUAUAGAAAUAGGAUUUAUAAAAAUCUCAACUAUAUAAAUAAUGGAAAAACAUGAUUUAGUUAUAUCGUCAAGUACGACAACCGACUUGACUGAAUCUGAAUAAUUUCUAUUUUUAUGAAAUAGAAAUUUUAUGAAUUACAAAUAUUGUUGCUUUAACAUUAUUAAAAUGCUACUUGUACAAGACAAUUGGUAAAAAGCGGAAAGAACGUAAUAUCUAAAAAUCUUAUAAAUUAAUGAGUAAUAAAAUUAUACCGAGAAACAUUA